UCGAAGUAAAAGACAUCUCGUUUCUUCUUCCUCUCCUCCGUUUCCUUACUCAGCGCUUUGGAAUAUACUCGUCUUCCUCGCUACCUCUAUCUCUUCUUCUCUUCUCUCUCUUGUGUACUCUCUCUCUCUCUCUCUCUCUCUCAAAGAUCACCACUUUUAAUGGUCGCUGGCUCUCUUUGCGGAUCACCGCCUCUCGAGCAUGAUUACAUAGGUCUCUCGGAGCUCCACUGCCCCGCCGCCGCCGCCGGCAUUGGCGGCGGCGGAGCCGAGGACGGGGCUCUCAACCUGAAGGAUACGGAGCUGAGGCUGGGCCUCCCUGGGUCGGAGCCCGCUGAACGGAAGGACGAGGUUGGCCUCACCCUGGGGCGCCUCCCUAAGGUCUUCGUCUCCGGCGCCAAGAGGGGGUUCUCUGACGCCAUCGACGGGGCGGGGAAGUGGGGCCUCGCUGCCGGAGGGGGCGGAUCCGAGGUGGAGGGCGGGAAAGGUGGCGCCUUGUUCUCGCCGAGAGGGGAGAACGGUGGCGGGGGGCUGCUGCCCGGGCACGGCAACGCCGGCAAGGAUGUGGUGGCGAAGGCGGCCGGGCAAGAGCGGAAGGCCGCCGCACAGGUUGGGAAUUCUGCUGGUAGUAGUGAUCGUGGCGUCGCGCCUGCUGCCAAGGCACAGGUGGUAGGUUGGCCACCGAUCCGCAGCUACCGUAAGAACACUAUGGCAACAAAUCCAUCAAAGAACAAGGAAGAUGCCGAUGGAAAACAAGGUCUAGGAUGUCUUUACGUCAAGGUCAGCAUGGAUGGAGCACCGUACCUUAGGAAAGUUGACCUGAAGACGUACAACAAUUAUAACGAGUUCUCCGUGGCACUCGAGAAGAUGUUCAGUGGCUUCACCAUCGGCCAGUGCGGUUCUCAUGCAAUACCAAGCCGAGAUGGGUUAUCCGAGAGCAGGUUGAUGGAUCUUCUGAGUGGUUCCGAAUAUGUGCUCACUUGUGAAGACAAAGAUGGUGACUGGAUGCUUGUCGGAGAUGUGCCAUGGGAGAUGUUCAUCGACUCUUGCAGGAGGCUGAGGAUAAUGAAGGGUUCAGAUGCAAUUGGACUUGCUCCAAGGGCCAUGGAGAAAUGCAAGAACCGUAACUAGGGGCCAUCGCCGACCCUUCUAUGAAAUCAAACAUGAAUCAGGUGCCUCCGUAGGGGCCUCCGAAAUGUUUAACAAGGCCACCGGCAACCGUCAUAUAUCUAUCAUAUUGCAUAGUUUGCUACUAAGACUCUGUUAGCUAAGAUUCCCUAGGAUCAUAUAAGCUAUUUAUGAUUGUGAAUUUGGUGUUUGUAUGUCUGUCUUGCUAUUGUUGUAUGUCUGAACAUUUGGCUUGCUGUUUGCAACUGUUAUAAUUGAAGUGUCCUAUUUGAGACUGCUGUUUACAA